CAGGAGGAAUGUUUACAAAUCCCAGUUGGCAGCCCUGGGCCUCUGACAGCCAGGUGUUGUUGUGGACACAUCAUCUCCAGCGGCCUGCCACUCGGGCUCGAAGCUUCUUACCUUAAUUUAUAUCUCUAAAUUGAAGAUGGCUCCAAGUUUAAACUUGAGCAAAGUGCCAAUGACACCAUUCCGUGUCAUGGCUGUAGUAGCAGGGUUUGCUGCUAUUUUUCUUGUAAUAUCAGCCAUAAGAACCACUGGCCCACAGCAGAAAUUGGGGGCAGUGUUUCACCAUGCUUCAGAUGCAUUCAAGCGGGAUACUAUGAGCAGAACAAUGGCAGAUGCAAAUUACUGGAAAAAUGUUAAGUUGGAGGCAGAAGACCUUCCAGCUGAUAUCGACCAAACAGCAGCCAAAGUUCAGGUCCACUCGAAGACAGUCAACAUAAUGGGCACUAACACCUUUUACCGAGAGGCUCACCCUCCAGAUGGUGUUUCCAAUAGUGGAGAAGUGGUAGUCCUUCUCCAUGGUGCUGCCUUUAAAUCUGAGACCUGGUUGAACCUAAACACCAUCAACCUCCUUGCUGCAAUGGGUCAUCGAGUGGUGGCCAUUGACCUCCCAGGCUAUGGAGAGACAGUUAGAGCUCAGAAUGUGGACAAUGCUGACUUCUUGCAAGAAUUUUUGACCAAGUUAGAAAUCACGAGGCCAGUCAUGGUAUCCCCCUCAAUGAGUGGUGGCUUCUCCAUCCCAUACAUUCUCAAGCACCCUCAAGCCCUUGGAGGAUAUGUACCAGUUGCACCUGUGGACUCUAUAAAGAUUGUGCCUCAUGCCUCACAAAUCACAAUUCCAACCCUAAUCAUAUAUGGAUCUAAGGACCAAAGUCUGGGUGUGGAGUCUCGGAAAAACCUGAUCAACAUCCCAACGUCUCAGGCAGUGGAGCUACCUGAAGCACGGCACCCAGCUUAUCUGGAUAGGCCCAAGCAGUUCCAUACUCUGCUCUAUAACUUCAUUAAACAAGUCCAUGCCCAUAAGGUCUAAUCUAGGAUUCAUGCAGUAUGUUUUGUUGUAUUGCUAAUUUUUUUUUCUUUAACUAUAAUUCCUAACCUCUCAGUAUUUUGUGCUACUAAUUAUUUUAUAAAACACAAAUAGAAUUUUAGAUAUAUCAGAGUAUACCUAAAACUCAAAGUAUGACAGUAAACAUAAAUUUUCAGGAUAUUUUUUUACCAUGUUUUCUUUCAACUUUUUCUUUUGCAAAUCAAAAGUUGAACUCAGUAAACUGAUCAUUGGCCUGUUUAUAUUAAAUUACAAUUAGCCCAAACCGUUCCAAAUAAGGUCUUUUAUCUAACACACUAUACAUACACCAAGAUCACUAAGGAAAUAUAUAGUGACUAAUAUCUUCCUAACUAGAAUGAUCAAGAAUCAUAGAAUGCCUUAUUUGGUAUAUAUAUAAAAAAAAAAAAAAAUAAUAAUAUAUAUAUAUAUAUAUAUAUAUAUAUAUAUAUAUAUAUACACACACACAAACAAACAAAAACAAACUUGGUGACAUGCUUGCACAUUCUUUGAAGUUUAUAUGUAAAAAAUAAAUUUAUAUAUUUUGGCUGUGAAAAUGUGGAUGUAUCCAUUAUCAUUAUCCCAUUAUUAUAGCAGAGAGAAGGCAUUCAGUUUGUUGAAAAAGAGCAAGUGGUCAUUGGAAGUACAUGUUGUCUAUGUAUUAUGACUCAUUUUUUUGCUUAGUGAGCACCUUGCAUAAGAUACCUGUAAUGCUCAGCAACUCUUAGGUUCUGCAGCAGAUAAUUUUGCUUUUAUUAGAUUGUAUUUGUUUUUGAAGGCUAGUGUUGAUAUAUAUAGUGUGUGAAGUAUUGUUUGCCCCAUAAUAGUAAAGCUUGCAGUUUAUGGUGAUUAGUGAUAUGUUUAAUUUUUUUUUUUUCUACUUGGAUACUUUACCGUAUAAUGAAUAAUAACAAUCUGCAAUAAAUGCGAUCUUUGAUUGAAAACUACACACACACACACACACACAAAUGUUGUGUGCGUGCGCAUACGUGCGUGUGCGUGCGCAUGCAUGCGUGUGCAUGCGUGCAUGUAUAUGUAUACAUAUAUAUAUAUAAUAUAUAUUAUAUAUAUAUAUGUAUGUACACACAGUGUAUGUAUGUAUUUGCCAUAAUAAAAAACAAAAAACAGUAACAAAAAAAAAAAAAAAAAAUGUGGCAAUUUCACUUCAGUUGAUAACUUUUCCAAUCAGAUUUUCAUGUUAUUUUCUAUAAAUAAAGUGGAAAUGAAAAA